UUUGCCAUCUUUUUAGGAGCCACUGAAUUCUGCCUUCUGACUGCCAUGUCCUAUCACCGCUAUGUGGCCAUCUGCAAACCCCUGAACAACACCACCAUCAUGAGCAACAGGGUGCUCACCCUGCGGGUCCUCUGCUCUUGGCUGAGUGGCUUCCUAGUCAUCUUAUUCCCAAUCAUCUUGACCAGUCAGCUGGAAUUCUAUGCAUCCAAUGUGCUCAAUCAUUAUUACUGUGACUAUGGGCCCCUCAUAGAAAUAGCUUGCUCAGACACAAGGCUGCUGGAACACUUUGACUUUCUCUUAGCAGUGGUGACCUUGAUAGUCACCCUGGUGCUGGUGAUUCUCUCCUACACUCGCAUCAUCAUUACCAUUCUGAAGAUCCCUUCUGCACAGCAGAGGAAGAAGGCCUUUUCCACAUGUUCCUCCCACAUGGUUGUCAUCUCCCUCUCUUAUGGAAGCUGCAUCUUCAUGUAUAUAAAGCCUUCAGCAACAGAAGGAGUUGCCUUCAAUAAGGGUGUGGCUGUGCUCAAUACAUCAGUUGCCCCCUUACUGAACCCGUUCAUUUACACUCUAAGGAAUAAGCAAGUAAAACAAGCUUUCAAUGAUGUGGUCAGAAAAAUAAUGCAUCUUUAUUCGUAUUAG